AUGGGACUGGAUGAAUCAAUUCAAGAGGGAUCAGAACAAGAUUUUGCCACAUGGCACACCUUAUUAUCAUCAACAAAUCACUUUCUCAAGAUGGCCACUAAGAGCUGCCCAAAGGGAAGAGGAAAAGCAACUAGGCAACCUCCAUUGAACUCAAAUCAAAGUAAAGUUUGGUAA